AUGUGGAUCGAAGAGAAACUUAAGGAAAUUAUUGCACAGGCAGCUCGCGAUUUCGAUCAAAUCAUUGCUGAGGAACGUAAAAUUGAGAGUUCAGAAGACGGUACAGCACGUGGAAGCCAUCUCGACCAGAUUCUUUUUGAUCAAAAGAAUGAACGCGAGCAACUUUGGGCCAGACUUCAUGAGCUCGAGGAUACAUUUGCCACAAGCGGAUCAAGGAAGCUGUUUGUGUUAAAAGUUGGAGCGCAAGUAAAGUACCUAUCCACACUCAAAGUCGAACAACAAGAACUCGGUAAAGAUUUGAAGGAACAGAUAGAAUCUGUCAGGGAAAUUCGACGACCUAAAGACGAAACCGUGAAUGAGCUACAAUUCAAAGAAAGGUUACAUUCGACAGUGGAGCAGUUACACGAAGCCCUCAAAACGGUUGACCAAGAAUUGACAGAUACAACGGAAGCUUUACGACGCGAACAGACUGUCUUAUCAGAAUGCCAACAAAUUACCGAGGUACUACAGCAACGAGUAGAAGAGGCACGACAGCCAGAAGCUAUGCAGCGUGCAUCAAUAGAAGCACAUGAAACAUUGAAUCGGUUAAGAGAUAAGCACCGAACGAUUAUGGGUGAAUUGAUCAACUUUGUAAACGAGCACUUCCCCCCUCAUCCGGUUGAUGGCGCUCCGGAAAUGAUAGAUGAAGGUGACGAAGUUGAUACUUGCGAGUUAGCAUUCUUAUUGGAAGACCUGAUGAACUUGGCGGUUCUGAAACCGCAUGAUCCGUAUUUGACACUCAUUGAAGGUACUUACUGGUCACCCUAUAUCGAAACCAUCAUCAAGGCAGGCAUUGCAGUGCGAGAUCCGGAAAAUUCUUCCAGAAUACGUCUAGUCGACUUUCGCGUAUAA